UUUUUAUUAUUAUUUUUAAGUGGGGAAAGUAGUCCUGCUCCUACUUAAAGGAUUAAUUGCGCACCUUAUAGUGGUUCAUUUCUAAACAGUUCCAAAUGAAGAAUUCAUCAAAGCCACUCUACAGAAGUGUUGUGGCUUUGCUUCAACACCAAGUAAACUCUCAUGGACUUUAAACGUAAAUGGGUUUCGAGUAAACGACUUGGUUCUUGGUACGGGGGAAAUGUAGAGAACUUUCUCCGGUUGGAAAUCGAUCCAAGCGCUAUGGAUGCUGGAAUAUUCUCUUAUAUUUCCAUUCCCUGAAUUAAUCAGACCAGUUCUGUAGUGUCAGGAAAAGAAAAGAAAAAAACAAACAAACCAACCCCAUAUCCUUUGUAAUAAUCUUUCCCCCCUCCCAAAAAAAACUAAUGCACUAGUGCUUUUAAACCUCUAUAGGAGGGACUACAGUACAGGUGUGGGUGGGUGUGUGUGUUCAUGCAUGCUUACAACUCACACUGGGCAAUGCUCACCUCACCUCCACCUACAUGUGUAUGAAGUAGUGUCAUCCUACGAAGCACAGUGUAGAUGAUCUGAUCGUUGAUCUGGGUCGUGGUGCAUUUCUGCUGAACUAUGCUCGACCAGGUGGUGUGUGUUGCUGCCGUUACAGUGCUCGGAGUCCUGGAGCAAGCGUACUUUUCCCUGCAGGUGAUCUACGCCCGACGGAAAUACUCCGUUCCACCUCCGGCCACCACGGGACACCCUGAUUUUGAGAGGGUCUUCAGAGCACAAGCAAACUGUUCGGAAUAUUUCCCCUUAUUCGUGAUUACACUUUGGGUGGCUGGACUUUUCUUUAGUCAAGCUCUGUCUGCUUUUCUUGGGUUCCUGUACAUUUAUGGACGAUAUCAGUACUUCCGGGGAUAUGCACAGUCUGCACAGGGAAGACUGGCCCCUCUGUACUUCACAGCGAAGGUGCAGUGGGGGCUGAUCGCCCUGUCGGCCCUCGGCGUGCUCUGCUCUAUGAGUCGUCUGUAUUUGGGUGUGGAUCUGCUCGGCUCUCUGUGCGAGGUGCUCGGUCUGAAUCAACUCGAGUGAAUGCGUGGGCAUGGGAGAACUCAUUUCACCUUCACUGCCCCUAAUGAAAGCCUGACAUCAGCAAACUUAGUUUAGAAACCACUGGCUCCAGUAAGAUAAAUACACCAAAACUACAGUUUUAAAAUCUUUCCACAGUUCUCCUUGAUUACUUUCUUUAUGGUGUGUAAGAAUUUAUUCUGAAGAAAUUAAUAAAGGGUUUAACAUGUAUUGGGGCUUUUGAUUAAUAAUAAUAAUAUAUAUAUAUAUUUUUUAACACAUCAGACCUUUUUCUGAUAUGUUUUCUAUCAUUUUGUUCCUAACACUUGGGGUGUGGUGUUGGUGAAAUAAUCAAUGAACAAACCAAAAGCUGAUUAUUUUCCAGUAACAGAUUGUCCUGGUGUUUUUUCCUCCUCUCUUUUUACAUUUUUUUUUUUUAUAUUAAAGAGUGACACGUCAUACUUUUCCACUUA